CCUCAUCCAUCCAGGUAACAGUUUUUUUUUUCGUGUUGUCCUUCUAGGGAUAUCUAUGCCCAUUCCAGUCAUUGGUCUGCAGGAUGACUCCAGAGUGUUUGUAAAUGGCACCUGUGUCCUCAAUGAUGAGAACUUCGUCCUCAUUGGAUCCUUCAUGGCAUUCUUCAUCCCUCUCAUCAUCAUGGUGAUCACAUAUUGCCUGACCGUCCAGGUGCUGCAGAGACAGGCAACAGUGUUCAUGUGUGGAGAGGUGCCCAAGCAGAGGAGGAGCAGCGUAAACUGCCUCAAGAAGGAAAACAACACAGAGAACGUUUCAAUGCUUCACAAUCACGAGGGGGCAUCCCACUUGAACUCUCCUGUAAAUAAGGAGGCAGUGCUUUUUCGGAAAGGAACAAUGCAGUCCAUCAACAAUGAGCGAAGAGCCUCCAAGGUCCUGGGCAUUGUCUUCUUUUUGUUCCUCAUCAUGUGGUGCCCAUUUUUCAUCACUAAUGUCAUGUCUGUCCUUUGCAAGGAAGCCUGCGAUAAAGACCUCUUGAGUGAGCUCCUUGAUGUGUUUGUUUGGGUGGGGUACGUUUGCUCUGGGGUUAAUCCCCUUGUAUACACACUCUUCAAUAAAACGUACCGCAGGGCUUUUUCCAAUUACAUCCGUUGCCAAUACAAGACGAGUAAAAAAUCAGGACUGCGGCAGAAUCAGUGUCUGAAUGUUGCUUCAACAGCUUUAUAUGGGAAAGAUCUGACUUUAACUAGUUAUCGAAAUGGCAAUGAACUCAAUAGCAUGGAACUAGACGAAGCUGAGGAGGGCCUUGAAAUGCAACCAGGGACUUCAGAGGUCUCCAUAAACAGCUGUAAUGUUGUAAGCGAAAGAGUGAGCUGUGUGUAAAGGUGGCUCACACAGCCUUUUGCUACGGUGUGUCUGUAGCCAAAAUAUAUUGUGUAAAAAUGUAAGUGUUGGUCAAAGGACAAUGUAAAUACUGCAUUCUGAACAAAGCUUUUUUUUUAAAAAAAAAAAAAAAGAAAAAGAAGAGUUGUCUUUCCAGUAGAGUACCUAAAAUCAUAUAUAUUAAUAUACUGCAGUGAAGUUUAAGGUUCUAUAUUUACUGUUAAUUCUAGAUCAGAACUAUUAGUUACUUUGCAUAUGUCAUGGACAAAAUGUUUGAAUUCUUCUUCCAGUGCAUGAACAAAAAUGCUGAAUAUUUAUCUCAGGUGGCAUUUGCUGGAGUCCAGAAUGGCACGUUAAUAGUUAUAAAUCAAAUACAUGCUAUUAGACUUGGUCAGUAUAACUUUCUUUUUCAAGUUGACAGUAAAUAUAUACUUUA